ACAUCUACUUUGAUCUGCACAUACGAAAAAAUUCUGAUUAAUCCGUUUAGCUGUAAGCAUAAUUCUUUACUCGCACUCGCGCUUUAGCAACUUUACUCGUGUUGAGUGGAAAAUUAAUUCAAUUAUGUCAAAUAAAGAGGGCCGCUGUAGCCGAAUUUGUUGGUGCAUGACUACCAUUCGGAAGUGCGUAGGUUCGAAUCUCCGUGCAUGAAACACCAAAUCAUAGAACAAGUUUUUACUAAUAGCCAUCGUCCCUUGGCCGACAAUUGUAUAGUAUUUCUGUAUUGAAAAAGCUCCUCUGCCGUUCGGAGUCGGCUUACAACUGUAGGUCCCUCGAUUUGUGAAACAACAUCAAGACGCGCACCACAAAUAGGAGAAGGAGCCCGGCCAAACACCAAAAUAGUUGCUGCUAGUAGAGAGAAAAGCCACAAACAAAUGGAAUAUCUCUAUAGUCGAUCAUCUGCGCCAUAAAUUUUCGAAUUAUAUAAACGCCACAAUUUUUCCGUCACUUACCUGAUAAAAAUAUAAGUUAUCUCAUAUACUAGCAGUCAUGCGAGUGUUUGUAUUUUGCUACCUUCCUAGAGGAAACAAUAAUUGACAGUUGGGCACACAAAAACCAAAACUGAAUAGCAUAAGGAUAUCUUUAUUUUGUAAUAAAGUAGAUAGUAACUUUAGUUGAAAUAUGGAUGCUCCACAACCGAGCGUAUCUGUGCCAGAUGGUGGAUGGGGUUGGUUGAUUGUGGGUGCAGUGGCAUUGAUAAAUAUGACCAAUCAAUAUAUUCACUCCGUUUUCGGUCUGCUCUUUGGUGCCAAAUUGCAGAGUAUGCAGGAGUACACCUAUACUGCUGCAUUAAUUUUGAACUUGAGCAGCUUGACCUUGAAUUUUUCCGGUUUAUUUAUUGGCCCGGCCAUAAAGGCAUUCAAACCACGCAGCGUAGCAGCUAUAGGCAUAUUGCUUGUCUCGAACGGAUUGUUCCUUUGUUCAUUUGCAUCAGAAAGUUGGCAUUUCAUUGUCGGUUAUAGUUUAUUUGUCGGCCUCGGACUCGGUUUAAUUACACCAUCAACCUUUAUGGCCAUAAAUUCAUAUUUUAGUGCAAAACGCGGCCGCGCCGUGGGAUUAGCCUUAGCUGGUUCAGGUAUAGGUCAGGUGACGGUGCCACAUUUAGUACGCUUACUUCUAGAUAAUUACGGAUUUCAAAUUACUGUUCUGGCUAUGGCACUAUUUUCGCUUAUAGGCCUUAUGGGUGCCGCAUUGCUAAAGCCAUUAGCACCUCCAAUCAGACAUAAUAAUCGACAGCAUGUACGUCUAUUGUUAUCAACCGAUGAUGAGAAAAACAAAACAAUACCGCCACAGUGUGAAGUACAUAUAGUUGAAUCCAAUGAAUUGGUAAAAAACGGAGACCCUCAUGCACAGCUUGCACCUCAGCGAGAUACAAGUUAUUGCAGCAAAGUUGGUCAGCGUUUGGUGCAAGCCAUGGAUUUGGAAUUGCUUAAAGAUGUAACGUUCUGGAGUAUAAUCGUUGGUAUGGGACUGGUGUAUACUUCUACUAUACAGUUUACUAUGCUCUUCCCGCAUUUUUUACAGUACUCAGUUGGGCUUACCUCAUUCAAUACAGCAACCUGUAUGUCUGCUGUUGCUGGCGCUGACAUAGUGUGUCGGCUUUUACUGCCUUGCAUCACUGACAAGCUAAAUGUACCUUAUCGGGUUGUUUUCCUGCUGGGCACGGUUGGCCUACUCAUUUCGCGCGCUGCUCUGGCCGAAUCUAUGGAUAUGACCACAAUCAUUGUUAUGUCCAUUUUCACUGGUAUGACCAAAUCCGCCACUGUGUUAAAUAACAACCUAACAAUUUCAAGCCACUGUCGACCGGAAAAAUUACCAGGCGGUUUGGGUUUGAAUAUGAUUGCCAAAGGUGUGCUAGUUAUCACUGUUGGUCAAUUGCUUGGCUGGAUACGUGAUUACACACACUCUUACAUACUAUGUUUGCAUGCACAAAAUAUUUUGCUGUUACUGGUAGUCUUGAUUUGGGUGCCAGAGCUUUUUUGUCGUUAUAAAAAGGAGCGCAAAGUAAAGAGAGAGGCUGCGGUCGAGAGAGAGGAGUAUAAUAAAAUGAGUACGUGCUAAUACUACGAAGUUUUCACAAUGCAAUAUUUUAAGGCAGUAUUAAUUUCAUCAAAAC